AUGAGUUGCUUGAAGAUUAACACUGAGUUGUGCAGAGGAUGCGGUAUGUGUGCACGUGACUGCAUAACACAGUGUCUCAAAGUGGAAAACCACAAGAUCACGAUUGUGGAAGAAGAAGCUUCAAACUGCUUUAAAUGUGGACACUGUGCUUCAAUUUGUAAAAGCAAAGCAAUCACUCUCUUCGAAAAACCACUUGAAAACGUUCCAGAAGGACAUAAAGAUGUCAUAGACGCUAUUAAAACAAGAAGAUCAACAAGAUCUUUUAAAGGCCCAAUCCCCAAAGAAGAGUUGACUGAACUUAUCAAUCUGACAAGAUUCUCCCCUUCCGCCAAGAAUUGGAGACCAAUCAAAUAUCUUGUAAUAAAUGAGCCAAAGCUAACAGAUGUAAUUAAAAAAUUAAAUGAAGUAGCAUUGCAGAUUCCAGAAAUCGUUAAUAUCUUUGGUAACUUUUUGAGUGUCGAUUUGAUCGUCAGAAAGGCUCCACAUGUUGUUAUUGCUUACGUCGACGACUCUCAAAACGUUUGGGCAAAUGAUGACGGAACUAUUGCUUUAACCCAACUUGAACUUGCAGCAACCAACAAAGGGUAUGGCUCUCUUUGGUGUGGCUUGUUAAAGUUCAUGUUUUCGUUCAAUGAGUGUCUUGAUAUUGUUGGACUGAAAGGAAAGAAAGUGGUUGGGUGUUUAGCUAUGGGUGUUCCUUUAUACCACUACACCAGUCAAGUACCACGAGAGGAUGUCCCUAUCAUCUUUUUGGAGUAA